GAUUUGGCGGGAAUGCCCCAAUCGGGCACGCGUGUCAACCGCUGCCGUCCAUUGACAUUCUAAACGCGUCCUUCAUCCAUAUGUACACCAUUGAGCAGACUUGUAUUACAGUUCAGCUAUAUUUUACAUCUUCGGUUAGCAAGGACAAACCUCGUUUGUUUUUAAGUGGACAACUGAACAACAGCUCUAUCUACCGUUUCGAGCGCACGAGGCAAGGAGAUUCAAGCAGCAUGAGCUAUUCUGAUUUUAUCAAGCUAGCGAGGGCGCUUUUCGAGCACGAGGACUACGAUGUCGAUCCAAGGGGUCUUAUGAUGACGAUGGCGUCGCUGACAUCGACCUCUAUGACCCAGUCGACACAGGUCGACAGCUUCGUGGCCCAGGCCCAGGCCCUUAAAGCUCAGGCCCGACUCUCCAAGGCAUCAGCUGCGGCACAAAGCCUCAGGCAGGUCUUCCCACCGAUCAGCGCUGGCGACCCACACCGCACACUCAAGAUGAUGCACCUGGACCUCACGCCCGGUGGGGACAAGAGCUACGUGCGCCACUUCAACGGGGAGCUGCGGCCGCUGACGGCACAGGGCGUGUCCAAUGCGGAGCCGCAGGCCGCCAACCACCUCAUUCACAAGCUGCUGGUGCAGUGCCCAGUCCUCAAGGUUGACCGGUUCCACAAGGGCGGCAGCUUCGGGCGCCGCACCCUCGUGCGCGGGGCCUUUGAUGUCGACCUGUCUGUGUUUGUGAUUAAGUUCCAGGAGCGGGCGCUCAAGGUUGCCGACUGGAGCGGCGAGGCGGGGGAGCGGCUGCAGCGCGAGAUGCAGCGGAUGGUGGCGGCGUACCUGCGGGGACAGGGGCUGCACGACGUGGUGGAAGUGGAGCACGGCACGCACUACAAGCACUGUGUCAACGUAAAGGUGCGUGGCGUGGACGUGGACGUCAAGAUGGCGGCGCACGUGGCGUCCCAGCAGGGCAAGCAAGCGACCACUCCUGACCGCGGCAAGGCGCAGCGCGACGUGCUGAUGCAGGCGCUAUGGGACACGCCGCCGCACCUGCGCCAGGCGGACCCAACUCGCGAGGCGGCCCUGGCGGAGGCGCUGACGGCGGUGGUCAAGGACACGCAUGAUCGUGUCAAGAGCUUGGUGCGGCUUAUCAAGUGCUGGUACAAGUACGGCCUCCAAGCGGAGAUACCGAACGUGCCCAGCGUGCUGCUGGAGACAGUGGUGCUGGCGGCGGCGCAACGCAAGGGCCUGCUCAGCCCCGGCAAGCAAGAUCGCACCGCAGAGGUGUCUCUGUUCCUGGCGGCCCUGGAGUUGCUGGACGAGGCAGUAUCGGACCGGAAAGUGGUGGUGCUGGAGGCGGGGCCGGUGUGGGGCUACACCCGGGCGCAAGCGGAGAGCUGCAGGCACGCGUGGCGGAAUGACACCGUGGUGGUGCUGCACCCUAUCGAUCCCACCUGCAACCUGGCGGCGCCCCAGCCGCGCCGCGCCGUGGACUGGUGCCGGCUGGCGCACAAGUCCCGCGAGCUGAAGCAGGUGGUGGAGGGUGGCAGCAUGUGGGAGCUGGAGCAGCAGAGCUCGCUGGCGCCCGCCAUUCGGGCGCUCAAGGCCGCGUGAGGCAGCAGGGUCAGUACGGUAGUGCGGAACGUGCGUGCACCACCUGCCGGUGGGCUGUGGCUGGGGCGCAUAUCAGGGGGCAGCUCUUGGGGGCAGCGGUGGGCGGGCGGCAGGGGUAACAUCAAGCGUGUUGGUUGGUCAGCCAUCCCAUGUUGCGGUGUUGCGGUGGCAUGUGUCGUGGCGGCAGCAGGGUUAUGGUGUCCGGACUGUCAAUGCGAGGCCCAAAUGAAGCACGCCAUUGGCACGGAAUGCGGCUGUGAACGGAGCCGGGUGACCGCCAAGCGGGGACCUGCGCACCUGCAAUGUGAGCAAUGUUUGCCGAUGGCAUGAAGGUGUCUAGGCGGCACGGGGAUCGAGCUUGCUUGCUGGCGCUCAACCCCAGGGGAGGGUAAACCCUCAGCCCAUCAUUGGAUCGCCACGAGUUUCUUAACUGUCAUUGACAAAGUGGAGAUCUGGCGGCAAGCCUGGCGGCAUGGAGGCCAAGUAGACGACACUAGGCGGUGCUUUCUUUGGACCACAUGACUUAGGAAUGCCAGCACUGUGGAUCGGGACGGGAUGCCCACGUUGUGGCGUCUGAGGCAUCUGACGUAUGGUGUGGAAGGCCGUUAAGCGAGUGGCACAGUGGCGUGUACCGAUGGCGCAAGACAGUACACAAUGGACACACAAUGAAC